CCUCAAAUACAAUUGACAACUGUCACAAAAACUCAAAAAAAACGGUUACAGCAUUUAAGAAUUUCCUUUAAUUUCCUUCCGGAUUUUAUCGAAAAAUUUCCAGUUUUAAGGUUGAUUGAUAAAAUGAGUUGUAGAGGUCGAGGGAGAUGUGGCGGAGCUCCCGGAAAUUUGCCUCAAGCCUCGUUUGCGGCCAGUACCCCGGCGGUCGGGGGAGCCUCCCAUAGGACCAUCCAUCUUUCCAUGGAUCGCGGCCAAACGUCACCGAUUGAACAACUUGGGGCCAGCUUCAACGAACAGUAUUCCGGAUAUGGUGCCAUGAGAAUCCCUCCGGCAGCAGCCAGAGCUUCCACACCUGGCCCAUACGGAUAUCCCAGUCAAUAUGACACUUUCGGAUCUCAAAUCGAUUAUAAUUUGAGCUGGAUGCCCAAGGAUAUUAAUUUAUCCGAAUUACUGGAUCAGACUGCGAGCCAGAUGUCUUCCAGGUAUAGAAGGAUGGAGCAGAAUAUCACUCAUACUCCGACCAAUUUAAAUGUGUCAGAGACACCCUCGAACGCGAACCCUUUGCUCAGCCAAGAGCAAUCCAGAGACCAAGCUGCGGCACAAUCGAAAAAAACCGAUGGGGUGCGAGAAGAAUCUUUGUUGGAAUGGUUCGAUAGGUCAGUGGAAAAGGAACUGAAAAAGCACAAAUCCUCCAGUAUAGGCAAAGAGGCUGCCCCGGCCAAUAUAGCCCUCAGUUUAUUGGAUGAAAACGAUCUGCUCAAUAUGUCCAAAGGGGUUAUGGAACGGGUGUCUGAGGCUACCGCUAGUCAAGUGGAAAUCGUCUUUGAUUUAAGAAAGGAACCAGAUACUGAGUUGACCGACGCAGUAGACAAAUACGCGAAAGCGGAAGCGAUGUGCGCGUUCGCGGGGGCGGUAAAGGCGGCGGAGGCGGCCGCUUAUGCCGCCCCUCCGGAACUGGUGGAGGAGGCGGCCCUGGCCAGCGCCCGGGGCUUCGAGACUGACGUGAAGGCCACCGGGGUGCACGGGGAGCUAGAGGGGGUCAGACCGAUCGAGGUGGUCGGCUAUGUGGGGGUCACCAAACCGAAGUACCCUACCAAGAGACAGUAAUUGAUUCUGAUACAACAGUUUGUUAUUUGUUUUUGCAAAUUGAUGGUAUUAAUAUAAGAGUUUUUUUUUAUUUGAA